GCUCUCAUAUUAUUCCAAGCCUUUUGAGCGUCUCCAGGCUGUGAGAUGAACACAUCUCCCUUGUGUUGUGUGCGUGUGGUUGUGUGUGUGUGUGUCUGUCUGUGUGUGCACCCGCCUGAUGAGAUCUAACCCUACGCACUCGUGAAGAGGAGACUGAAUGCAGAACAAGCUUGCUUGCAGUGAUGCUGCACUGAAGCUGAACACUUUCUCAUUUACAAAGCACAGAUUCCACCAUCCAGAUGAUGAACUAUGCUAUGGAUAAGUGUGUACAAGUGAAAGGUACAGAGGGAGAGGGCUAGCAUGGUGUCUCAUCUCCAUACCUCAGCCCAGAUGAUCUGCCCAGUCUGGCUGCUCCUGUUCUCCUAUUCUAUCAGCAUCACCCCGUCUCAAUCUGAACUAGUAUUCUCAAUCCAGCCAAAGGAUGGCAUUGGGAUUCUGAACAGGCCACUGAUGCUGCAUUGUGCAGUGUAUGACACAAGCCCACAGACGGCACUACCAGUGAAGUGGGAGAAAGAGAAUGGAAGAUUGGCAACUGGAGUUCAUCAGAUGGCCAAUGGCUCUCUAUUCUUUUCUUCACUUAAAGGGGAAGACCUAGGGGGAUAUAUUUGCAGUGCUAGGAAUGGAAGCAAACAGAUCAAAAGUGUUGUCACAGUCAACAAAGCAUAUCUGGAAAAUGUGUUUUUCAGUCCUCAGUCUCAGAGUGUAAUUAAGGGUCAGGACUUGUUUUUCCAGUGUGUGUCAGGGGACAGCUCUCCAACUGCCCACAUAUCAUGGCUGAAGAAUAGCAGAGCUUUUACCAGAGGAACUCAGAUCCAGGGUCAAUAUGGAGGGGGGAGUCAGAGAAAGACCUCAGGUACGCUGCACCUGACCAACGUCACCAAGGCAGACCAAGGACGUUAUGUCUGUGUUACCCAUAAUCGUCUACUGAACAUAAGCAAAGAAAGUGACACAGCCACCUUAAUAGUUGGUGGGCUUAGCAUGAGUCUUGAGAUCAUGCAGGGUCCUGAGAAUAUCACAGUUGCUGUGGAAACGGAGACAGCCCUGCACUGUGUAGUCCAUGGUUCCCCUACUCCCAAAAUUCAGUGGUUCAAAGAUAACCAAAUGUUACCCAAUACAUCGAGAUGGGACCUGCAUGAUGAUGGACAACUUCUUGUCUUUGAGAGAGUUUUGCCAGAAGAUGAAGGCUUCUAUUACUGUGAGGCUGACAAUGACAAUGAGAGACUCAGAUCACAGCCAGCAUACCUCCUUCCUGCAGUCAUGGACUGGACCUUUGUUCUCCAGCCUGUCAAUAAAACAGUGAGGAAGGGUGACUCAGUGACUCUGUACUGCAGACCUCCACACAGUAGACCCCCUGCACAAGUGUCUUGGUUUAGAAACAACCGGCUCCUCCGGUCCAGGUCACACAUCUCCACCCAACCCACUGGAGACCUGCUCUUUCACAGUGUACAAGAGACAGACAGGGGAUUUUAUUUUUGUCGGGCCUCUAAUUCCUUCCUACAAAGGGCUAUAACCUCCAGAAAGAUCUUCCUGGAAGUUCUAGCUCCUCCAUCCGUUACUAUCUGGCCCCUGGCGGUGAUUUCCACAGUGGGAGCGGAGGUGGUGAUUCAGUGCCAGGUGUCAGGACACCCUGUUCCCUCUAUUGAGUGGUCAAAACAUGGCCAGUCUGUAAGAACAGGAGGCAAAAUUACCAAGGGGGUGAGAAAUGCAACUCUUUAUAUCUCCUCAUUGAGAAACUAUGAUGAAGGUUUUUACACGUGUGCAGCCUCCAAUCCUGUGGGACAGGAUGAGAAAACGAUUAGCCUACGUAUAGCUGCAAAGCCGAUCAUUGUGUUAUUUGCGGGAUCAGUGAAUGUGUCCAAGGGAGCCACUAUCAUUCUCCCAUGCCGAGCUGUUGGAAACCUACCACUGAAGUACAGUUGGCGCAGGAGUGCUCUUCAGACACCUCUAUCACUUUCACCACGCAUACGCGUUGAUGGCAAGAGAUUCUGAAAAUCUUUUUUGUAUUAACCCUUUACUGCAUGGUGUUGCCAUAUGGCAAUAAUUCAUUUAUAUCCAUUUUUUUUAUACAUACAAAACUACUAUUUUCCAAUGUAACUGGAACGGGGCACUUUUACUUUGACAUAAUAAAAAUAUGCCAUGUCAGAUGACCAGGAAGUGCUGUUUGGUGGAAUGGUGAAGAUUAUCCUUGAAGGCUCUCAAAACUCGAUUACUGUUUCAAUAUUUAGGGAAAACUACUUAAAGGGAAAAAA